UUCCAGUCAUUCCAGCCGCAGCGAACAAUCGGCCCUCAGUUAUUUAUUCGUGCAGCUCCGCGCCGCUCCGCUCAGUCUGCUGCUGCCCGCCGGUGCGCACACACGUUACAUGGAGCAAAACCGGAGGACACUUGUGGACAUUUCUGAAUUGAGCGCAACAUACUGAGAGAUUAAACCAGCACUUUACUGUGUGGACUGUGAUGAGACUCUAAUUUUGAUUUGUGAUUUGUGAAGAACCCAGCUGCCACCUCGAGGCUGUUUUCUUUUCACUCAUUUCCCUCUGACUGACAUGAGAACCGCUGAAGGCUCAUCUGGAACGGUCCUGCACCGUCUCAUCCAAGAGCAGCUCCGCUACGGGAAUCUAACCGACACUCGCACACUCCUGGCCAUCCAGCAGCAGGCUCUGCGCGGAGGCAGCAGCAGCGGCGGCGGCACCGGCAGCCCUCGCUCCUCUCUGGAGAGCCUGACUCAGGAGGAGACCCAGUACAUCCCGAUGUCAACAAGACAGGAGCCUCAGGGCCAGGAGCACCAGGGGGACUGUGUGCACUCUGAGAGCCAGGUGUGUCACCUGUACCAGCUCCAUGGAGAGGAGCUGCCCACCUAUGAGGAGGCGAAAGCCCACUCCCAGUACCUGAUCUCCCAGAAGGGGCAGGCAGGGCAGGAUGCACCCAGCAUGGACAUAAUGGGGAGUCACAGUGAGGGGCAGUGGGACUUGAAAAGGGAGCACGCUCGCUCCCUCAGUGAGAGGCUCAUGCAGCUUUCUCUGGACAGAAACGGACUCAGAGACAGUCUGGCUAUGAGCUCGUCACACAGCUAUCCACAGCUGUAUAAUAAUGUUACUGCGGCAGCUGAGAGGCAAGCAGCCCAACAUGUGGAGCAGCGCGGGCCGCCCCCGGACUACCCUCUGUUCACCAGACAUCCUGGAUACAUGCUCAGCCACUCGCAGGAGCACGGACAGUACUACAGAGACCCUCCUCCCCCCUUCUACUCACAGCAUCACAGGUCUGUUCAGUCUCAGGCGGCUCACAGCAGCAUCACCACAGCCCCAAACAAUAACUCAGCUCAGACCGAGGGGUUGAUGCGGGAGAAUGAGCGGCUCAGAAAGGAGCUGGAGGUCUACAUGGAGAAGGCCGCCAGGCUGCAGAAGCUGGAGUCGGAGAUUCAGAGGAUAUCCGAAGCUUAUGAGACUCUGAUGAAAGGCUCGGCCAAGCGGGAAACUCUGGAGAAAACAAUGAGGAAUAAACUAGAGGCUGAGAUUAAGAGGAUGCACGACUUUAACAGAGACCUGAGAGAUCAGCUUGACUCAGCCACCAAACAGCGAGCAGCCAAGGAGGCCGAGUGUACAGACCAGAAACAGCACGUCUUUGUCAAACUGCUGGAGCAAAAUGAAGAGCAGCAGCGAGAGCGCGAACAGCUGGAGAAGCAGAUUCAGCACUUGCGCAUCUCCGGCGAGGAGUGCCAGCGGAGACGGGAGCUGCUCGAGCAGGCUCUGGCCUCGGCGCAGGCCCGCAACCGUCAGCUGGAGGAGGAACUGCACAGAAAGAGAGCGUACGUGGAGAAAGUGGAGCGGCUGCAGAGCGCGCUGGCUCAGCUGCAGGCGGCGUGCGAGAAGAGGGAGACGCUCGAGCUGCGGCUGCGCACGCGGCUGGAGCAGGAACUGAAAAGCCUCAGGGCGCAACAGUCUCAGAAACAGGCAGCGGACUCGACGGCUUCAGAGCUGAGCUCCUGCACGCUGCAGCAGCAGCUGAGGGAGAGAGAGGAGCGUAUUCUGGCUCUGGAGGCCGACAUCACCAAGUGGGAGCAAAAAUAUCUGGAGGAGAGCACCAUGAGGCAGUUUGCAAUGGAUGCAGCUGCCACUGCUGCGGCCCAGAGAGAUACAACCAUCAUAAAUCACUCACCUCGACAUUCACCAAACAACAGUUUUAAUGAAGACCUGCCUUUGGCGAGUCACAGACAUCAGGAGAUGGAGAACAGGAUCCGAGCACUUCACGCUCAGCUCCUGGAGAAAGAUGCUGUGAUCAAAGUCAUCCAGCAGCGCUCCAGAUGGGAGCAGGGCAAGCUGGAGAAACAGGGGCUUCGUCUGGCCCGGUCCGUCCCCUCCAUCAACACUGUGAGCAGCACUGAGACUAAAGGAAAGAGCCUCUCAGAUGACCAGACAGGUGCUGCUGCUGCUGCGCUGCAACCCCAACCCCGGGUGGGGCCCAGGGGCCCGAGCCGGGACUGCAGCACCCAAAGUGACGAGGCCCCGCAGGAGCCUGAGCUCCCAGCAGAGUCUGAGAAAAUGUCUGAGGAGAUCUCAGCAGCUGCAACUGACACCUCGGAGGAUCCACCCAAGACAUUCAAGAGCAUCAACAGAUCCGACGCAGAGGUGGUUGAAAUCCUCAUUUGAGUGCUCACUGCAGCUCACGUGACUGAACAGUGACAGCACAAGAUGACAGAGACAUUUUGCCGAGGUGUUUAAGUCCCUCAUCUACGUCUGACCACAAACACAGAGACUGAUCGUCCGACGUACAUCAACACGCAGAGUACAGAAUGCGGCGCCGUUUGCAGAGGAGAGCUGAGCUCUCCCUCUGCUGCACAGACUCUGAAAUUUGCCGCAGAAAUUUCCAAGGUACCUGGACACAUUCUGCGCUGUGAAAUGAGCGAGGCUGCUGAUUGUGUAUAUGUUGUGCAUGUUAUGUAUUGAGUUAUGUAUUGUAUUUAUAUUUGUAAAUGCUGCUCAUAUUGUGAUGUUACUUUUAUGUUUGAGAGGUGAGAAAAACAACUCGCCUUACUCCACUCCUCUUAAAUUAUACACAGUUAUACUCACUUUUCUGGUUUAACGGUAUAAUUCUGAUUUGUUUAAGUGGGGCUGUAUUAAGUAUUUAUCCAUAUAUCCAUAGUGUGUGUGUCUGUGUCUGUGUGUGUGUGUGUGUGUGUGUGUGUGUGUGUCACAUGCAGUAGAUGUCAGUCUGCA